AUGGCCGUAGUUCCUACACCCCUCCUUCGAUACCACCAUGUAAGGUGCCACCCAGUCUGCCAUUGUACACCGUCCGGAAGCCUCUUCGUGCUCGUCCACGCCGACAGCAGUCCCGCAGCAGACUCCUGCGACUCAGACGCUGAUGUCCCGCCAGCAGACGACUCCUGCGACUCAGACGCUGAUGUCCCGCCAGCAGACGACUCCUGCGACUCAGACGCUGCUGUCCCGCCAGCAGACGACUCCUCAGACAACGACGAUGACGACUCAGACGCUGCUGUUCCGCCAGCAGACGACGACGACGACUCAGACGCUGCUGUUCAGCCAGCAGAUGACGACGACGACUCAGACGCUAAUAAUACUGUAUGUAUUUCCUCAGUGGCACCCCCAAGCAAUGUGAUUCUGCACUGCGGGAAUCUGAUCAACAAGCUGUCGUGGGGCUACGACCACCAGCCCACAGGACUCCGGUUCCGGGUGGAUAUUGGCAGAAUGUUCUCUUCUGAUAAGAUUCCCCCGCUGUGGGUGGACCUGCCCGACCUCCAGGCGAACGUGUCCUUUCUGUCGAACCAGAUGGAUGACUACUUCCUGUCUGUGACUGCCGUCCUCGACAAUGAAGAGUCUGAGCCCGCUCCCGCUGACGGCAUCUCCUUCAGCUACGACGUGAACUCUCCUGCCCAACAGAAAUGUUCUUUAGACCUUCCACCUGUGACCAUGUUUGAACAGCAGGACCACUUUCUGCUUCUCAACUUCCAGCAUCCGUGGCUGAUAUACCAACAUGGCCUUCCUCGCCGCUUGGACUCCAGACGCAAGAGGAAGAGGAGACACGAGCAGCCGGACAACCAUCUGCCAAUCUUCAAAUAUGACGUCACCCUCGAUGAGAAGGAGUUUGCCAACCUCCACUGCAUUGAGGAAGUGUGCCAAGACAAGCUGCCCGUGCCGGCCGGUCCGCAGCAACACUGCGCCACCAUCAGGGGAGUACUGGAGAAGAUCAGCGUUUACGGCACGCAAGACUACUGCGCUCUGCCUAUGCAGGAAAACAAAAGUAUAGUCAUCCCUGUGGUGGUGUCACUGCUGCUCGUGGCUGCAAUCUCCACCGUCCUCAUUAUGAUCUGCUGGAAAAAGGCCAGACCCUCGUCCGAGCUGCCGGCCUCUCUGCGCUUUGACGGAAUCAAAGAGGAGACUAGUCCGGAGCCAGAGCCUAUGAGGGCUUCCAGAUCAACUACCCCGCUGCUGGUGACAGCGGAGUCCGAGUCUGAACCGUCCGGCGAGCCCGAACCGUCCGGCGAACCCGAACCGUCCAGUGAGAAUGAUGCGUAUGACAUAGAAGAGGAAGAUCAACAGGCAUAUUUGGACGGAGAGCAAAUAGAGGAAGAUGAGGAAAUUUCAAAUGACCACGCCUACGAAAGACGCAACAUUGUGGCGAGGCUGUCGCUUGACGAGGAUGCAGAAGGCUACCGUUGA